AGCGUCAUCAUGACAAACAGGGGAUGAGAAAUGUCAAAAUUGUUGUGUGGUGUUGUGGGCAAAAAUUUUAUUAAAAUCCUAAUUAAAUCUUUAUAUGUGAAAUAAAAAUGGAUUCGAAUGACGUUCUGGAGGACAAGGACAGCGGGCCCGAGGUGCAGCUCAACUUGCCGGGCUCCGUGUUGAGCCGCAUCGAAGAACUGAUGGGUGGAACUGAGCAGUUUGAUAAUGAAGAAUUUGAUGCAGUGGCGUACAUAAACCGCGUGUUUCCGACGGAGCAAUCACUGUCAGGUGUGGAGUCUGCAGCAGCACGCUGUGAGUACCGCCUGGCGAGCGUGCAGCACGACAUCCGGCGCCUGGUGCGAGCGCAGCACGACCAGAGAGUGGCCGGACAUCAGGCCUUAUUGGACGCUCAGCAUUGUAUCAAAGAACUGGCCUUGCAGGUGGCAGAUAUAAACAAGAAAGCGGAACGUAGCGAGAGCAUGGUGCGUGAGAUCACAGCCGAGAUCAAGCAGCUGGACUGCGCCAAGUGGAACCUGACCGGUGCUAUCACCGCGCUCAACCACCUGCACAUGCUGGCCGGAGGGGCAGCCUCGCUCAGGAGUUCCGCCCAGAAGAGACAGUACAAGGAGCUGGUGCUGCCACUGCAGGCUAUCAUGGAGGUGCUGGAGCAGCUGCAGCUGUACCGCGACAUUCGCGAGCUGAACGUCUUACGCGACGAGGUUCACUCCAUCCGCCAGCAGCUCGCCACGCAGAUACUCGCUGACUUCAAGGAAGCUCUCACUGGCAGCGGUAAAAGCAACAUAUCACACCGCACGCUGGCAGAGGCGUGCGCGGUGGUGGACGCGCUGGAGCCCCGGGUGAAGCAGGACCUCAUCAAAUGGUUCAUUAACACGCAACUACAGGAGUACGAGCACCUAUUCUCCAGCGAACAGGAGUGUGCGUGGAUCUCCUUCAUCGAGCGUCGCUACGCGUGGCUCAAGAAGCACCUCUUGAGGUUCGAGGACUCCUUAGCCGUCAUCUUCCCGCCCGCCUGGAGGCUGAGCGAGCGACUCACGCAUCGCUUCUGCAAGAUGACGCGCGCGGCGCUCGCAGACAUAAUGCAGUCGCGUCGCAACGAAGUGGACGUUAAGCUGCUGCUGUACGCCAUCCAGAAAACGUACAACUUCGAGCUGUUGCUGCACAAGCGAUUUGUCGGUACGGAGCUGGGAGAGGUGGCGGACGAGGAGGUCGCCAAGCUAGCCUUCGACGAGGAUGACAACGAGGAGAAAGAGUCGAGUACAGCGGGCAAAGGCUCCCCCUGGGUGGGUCUCAUCGGCGCCUGCUUCGAGCCGCACCUGUCGCUGUACAUCACCAGUCUCGACACCAACCUGCGCGCCCUCAUGGACAGGUUCACGCAGGACGCGAAGACGGCCGACGUGUCGAGCGCGGCGAGCGUCGGCAGCGGCGCGGGCGCCGUCAUGUCGAGCUGCGCGGACCUGUUCUUGUUCUACAAGAAGUGCCUUGCGCAGUGCGCCACGCUGUCCACGGGGGAGCCCAUGCUGGAGCUGUCCGGCGUGUUCGGCAAGUACCUGCGCGAGUAUGCCGGUGUACUGCAGGGAGCGCUGCCCCGCGCGGCGCCUGCGCCUGUGCUGGGCGUGCCGUCGCUCGUCACCAACCUGCACACGCUGCUGCGCGACGACGCCAACACGCAGAGAUACACGAAACAAGAGAUCUCCAAAAUAACCAGCGUCAUAACUACCUCGGAGUACUGCCUCGAAACCACAAUACACCUGGAACAGAAGCUGAAGGAGAAGAUCACCCCGCCGCUGUCCGACAAAAUAGACCUCACGCCUGAGCAGGACCUGUUCCACAAGAUGAUCAGCAACUGCAUCCAACUCCUCGUCCAAGACCUGGAGCUGGCCUGCGAGCCGGCGCUGCAGGCCAUGACCAAAAUAUCCUGGCUCCACUUCGACAACGUCGGAGACCAAAGUUCCUACAUCACCCAGAUCAUAAUGCACUUAAAAAACACAGUACCAAAUCUGAGGGACAACUUAGCGUCUUCCCGAAAGUAUUUCACCCAAUUUUGCAUCCGUUUCGCGAAUUCGUUCAUCCCAAAAUUCAUCCAAAACAUAUACAAAUGUAAACCGAUUUCCACGGUCGGCUCUGAACAACUGUUACUAGAUACCCACAUGUUGAAAACCGCUCUAUUGGAACUACCCUCGAUCGGGUCCGAUGUUAAACGCCAAGCUCCGACUACGUACACCAAAGUUGUCAUUAAGUUAAUGACUAAAGCCGAAAUGAUAUUGAAGUUAGUUAUGGCGCCUUUGGACAGUAAUUUGGAAGGUUUCGUCUCUCAGUUCCUGCAGUUGCUGCCGGAAAGUACGGUGGCGGAGUUUCACAAGGUACUGGAUAUGAAGGGAGCAAAACUGUCCAAAACGCAAAUGAGCUCCUUGGAUGCGUUGUUCAAACAGAUCAGUAAGAAUGCUAAUAAUGAGAUACUGGUUGUGACAAUAUUAGCGAUAUUCGAGCAAUGGCGGGGCGGGAAGCGCUCGGCGCGCGCCCAAACCUCCGACCUGGAAGAUGUUUACGAGAGGGAAAUCUUGGAGGAUGAAGCGAGGAUCAUGCCAGGGUUAGGGGAAGGAGGUGUCGCCGCGCACCUCGCCGGCGAGGCGAAGCGGCUCGGCGAGGAGUCGGAGAAGAAACUGGCCAUCAACGUAUAUCUGAGCGACAGGAUAGCGUACAAUAGAUCUUUAAAAGAUCACCGCAACCCGGCAUGCUCGCGGGUGGUGUACGACGCGGAGCUGCCCUCUGCAUCAGUGAUCCUGAUCUUCCACAACGAGCCCUACUCCGUGGUGGUGAGGACCAUAUGGAGCGUCAUCAACAGCGCGCGGAGAGACCAGCCGUGGUACCGGAAGGCUAACUAUGUGGACAGGGAGACUGGGAGGACUAUGACACUGGGUUACCCCGGCCAAGACCCUGCCUCUCCGUUCGUGUACUUGAAGGAGAUCAUCCUGGUGGACGACAACUCCACGUUACCGGAGCUGAAAGGGAAACUCAGCCACUACGUGCGCACGAGGCUGCCGCCCGACCUCAUCCGCAUCCUGAGGUUACCUGACCGGGUAGGCGUGACCCGAGCUCGCCUCGAAGGCAGUCGUGAAGCCCGCGGCGACGUCAUGGUGUUCCUGGACUCCCACUGCGAGGGUAGCACGGACUGGCUCCGACCCUUGCUGCAGAGGAUCAAGGACGAGAGAACUGCAGUAGUGACUCCCGUCAUAGACCUGAUAGAACAGGGAGAUUUGGAGUACUAUGUUGGUGAUAAAGUCAAGUUUGAGCGUUACAAUGUUCCCCGUGCGUACAACAGCGUGGGGCUGACGCGCGCGCGGCUGGCGGGCGCGCGCGCGGCGGCGGGCGACGCGCUGGUGUUCCUGGACGCGCACUGCGAGGCGCAGCGCGACUGGCUGCGGCCGCUGCUGCAGCGCGUGGCGCGCGCGCCGCACGCGGUCGUCGUGCCCAUCAUCGACGUCAUCGACGCCUCCAGCUUCUACUACAGCGUGCAGGACCCCGUCACCUUCCAGGGCCUGAUGCUGGCGCGGCUGGCGGGCGCGCGGCUGGCGCGCGGCGACGUGCUGGUGUUCCUGGACGCGCACUGCGAGGCGGGCGCGGACUGGCUGCGGCCGCUGCUGCAGCGCGUGCAGCACAAGCGCGACGCCGUCCUCACGCCGCUCAUCGACGUGCUCGACCAGACCACCUUCCAGCUGGACGCCGCGCAGCACUUCCAGGUGGGCGGGUUCACGUUCAUGGGGCACUUCACAUGGAUCGACGUGCCGGAGCGCGAGAAGAAACGACGCGGAUCCGACAUCGCUCCCACAUGGUCGCCCACCAUGGCAGGGGGUCUGUUCGCCAUCAACCGCGCCUACUACUGGGAGAUCGGCGCCUACGACGAGCAAAUGGCGGGCUGGGGCGGAGAGAACCUCGAGAUGUCCUUCCGAGUGUGGCAGUGCGGCGGCACGCUGGAGACGAUCCCGUGCUCGCGCGUGGGGCACGUGUUCCGCAGCUUCCACCCCUACGGCCUGCCCGCGCACUCCGACACGCACGGUAUAAACACGGCGCGCAUGGCGGAGGUGUGGAUGGACGACUACGCCGAGCUGUUCUACUUGCACCGACCCGACCUCAGGAAAAACCCCAAAAUUGGCGACGUGACGCAUCGGCGCAUUCUUCGCGAGAAGCUCAAGUGCAAGAGUUUUCAAUGGUACCUGGACAACGUGUACAAGGAGAAGUUCGUGCCCGUACGGGACGUGUACGGGUUUGGGCGGUUCAUGAACCCGGCGUCGGGCCUGUGCCUCGACACGCUGCAGCGGGAGGGCGAGGCGGCGCCUCUGGGCGUGUACGGCUGCCACGCGCGCCUCGAGGCCACGCAGUACUUGGCUCUGUCGCUGCGAGGCGAGCUGCGCGACGAGGAGAAGUGCGCCGAGGUGCAGUACAAGAGGAGCGCGGCGGGAGAGGACCUGAGCCGGCGAGUGCUGAUGGUCACUUGCCACGGGAAGCAACGCGGACAGAAAUGGCGCUAUUUACCGACGGAGCAACUCCAGCACGCAGAGAGCCGGCUGUGUCUGACCGCGACCGGCGCGUCCGGCUCCGACGCGACCGUCGCCAAGUGCCGCGACUCGCCGCGACAGGUGUGGAAGAUCGACUACAGCGAACUGAACGACUUUGGCAUGAACAACGCCAUCGAGCCGAGCGAGCAGGAGCUGAGGUUGCAGCGACUGCGCGGCAACCGCCGAAUAUCCCGCUCGCUGCUGUCCUACACAGACGAGGACGGCAACAAGACCCGCCGCCACCACCACAAGAACAAGAAAAGCAAGACAAGCAAGAACAAGAAACACAAGCACAAGAAAGACAAGUUCAUCCUCAAGCUGAUACGGACGAAUGCCAACAACACAGAGGAGCACCUGGAAGUGGACGUGUACUGCAGGCACAAACAGCUGUACCCCAACAACAGCUUCGUGAGAGACUUGGUCACUGUUCUCAACGACAAAGAUAUCAAGGUAAUCAACAACGGGCGCGUGUUCGAGCACAACCGCGUGUUCGAACUAGCGAAGCGUGAGCGGGUACAACCCGGCGGCACUCUCGCCGGCAUGUCGUCACCGCCACCGCACCAACCGCACAUUGAGCCGAUAGAGCCAAAAACUCAAAAGAAGAGAAAACCUAAGAAGACCAGCCACCUCCAACCUCUCAACGUACUAUCCGCUGUGGAUUCCAUAGACAAAAUAGCCAGAAUAGACGAGAACGACGCCAUAGACAGGCAAGACGCGACGGAGGAACCGCUGGAGAAGAAGAUAAUCAUCGAAGACUUUGUGGAGGUGAAACCUAGCACCAUCGCUACGCAGCGAUCGCCGAAAAAACGAAAACGUAUUCGACCGCGAGUCCCCGCAAGACCCACCGAGUCUCCGUCGCGUUACAGCGAGGCGGGACCUGAAUGGCAGGACUCCAUGAAGAUGGAGCGGGUGUCUUCCUUGGAAGACGCGCCUCUGAUGAGUGGAGAGAGACGCGCGGACCACAGCGGCGACUCGUGGCCCGUCGGGGAGUCUCGUCUCCGCAGCAACAGCACGCGCGCGCUCGCAAGGGCCCGCACGCGUACGCGCGCGCCGCGCCACCGUAGCGCUGUACCCGUGUUCUCUCGCCCACAGGAGGUUGACAACGAGUUGGCUGAUGAGGCGAGCGCUGAGGAAGCGGACAGGACGCCAGUGAAGGUGGUGAUGAGGAGCAACCUCACCUUCAACCUGGGCGACGAGUUCUUCCGCUGGCGGCAGCGCACUGCGGACGAUGUCGCCAAUCUACUCGGCGAGCUGGUCAUCCCGGCGAACACGCCCACGCACAAACACACCAGCGUCGAGACCGACGACGCCAACACACACACACACGACACACACAACAAACAGGACCUAACUCACGCAGAUACAGACACAGAUGACGAAACACACACACAGUAUAGUACAGACAACGACAUAGAAAAAGAGUUGCAUAGACAACAGAGUAAGAAAGAGUUUAGAAAUAAAGAGAAGAGUGGAAAAGAGUUGAGAGAAGAGAGUGGGAAUGACGAAUUGUUGACGGGAAAAGGGAGAAGUAGAAUCGUUACAGAGGAGUCCUCGUCGUCAGAGAGUGAGGGAGAGGAAUAGAUUAUAUUUGCACGAGAUUUUGAUACUAAUUUGAAAGGUACUACAGCUUUUAUAAGAUACGAUGUAUCUGUGCAGAAAUAUUAUUUUUGAACGGCGCGCAAAUACAAGCUGAAAUUUUAAUGGUUGUCUUCCCACGACAGAACGAUUUGCCUUCAAAAUUUAACUCCUUUUGGUGUAAAGUGCUUUCAAAAAUAUCCGUGGUGUUAUAUGUUUGACGUUUGUAUCUGUGUAUCUGUCUGUGGCAUCGUAGCUCCAAACAAAUG